AUGUUCGCGCGCAAGCUGUCUACCGUAAAUCUAGGUGAGCAACCCUUCCAAGCAGAGAGAGAGAGAGAGAGACAGGAUCCUGGUGAGAACCAGGAGAUCUCGUUCACCUGGUUCGAACCGAAAAUCGGAUCCAGCAUGGAACCGAGGUCUGAGGCCCUGUGCUACAGAUCGGUCGGGGUCCUGUCGGAGUCAGACAGGAUCCUGGUGAGAACCAGGAGAUCUCGUUCACCUGGUUCGAACCGAAAAUCGGAUCCAGCAUGGAACCGAGGUCUGAGGCCCUGUGCUACAGAUCGGUCGGGGUCCUGUCGGAGUCAGACAGGAUCCUGGUGAGAACCAGGAGAUCUCGUUCACCUGGUUCGAACCAAAAAUCGGAUCCAACAUGGAACCGAGGUCUGAGGCCCUGUGAUACACAACCCACAGGGACCGCGCUUAAACCAACGGAGACAGAUAUCCGUAAAUUAAGCGAAAGUGGAUCCGUGAAGGAACCAAGGUCCGGGGUCUCACUGACAGUCAGAGUCACUACCCGGAUCAGAGCAACAAGAAACUGUUGAUCCCAAAUAGAACCAAUUCUGGAACUCCGAAGUAAAUUUUGUCGAGACCCGGGUCCUCGGGAACGAAUCAGGCAAGGACAAAGAAAUUUGUCAACCUGAGGAAAACCAGUUGAGGUUUCCAGUAACAAACUGAAGCCGUUGGUUAUGCCUGUAUCAGACACGAGGCGAUUGGCGAACAGGAAGUGCAAUCCUGAACUAGCCAGAUGCAUGUCACCUUGAGAAACCAGGGUUCGACUAGAAUCUUAUGAAAGAAUGCAGAUUAUUCAAUCCAUAAAUCCGCAAAGAUUCUACGCAUUUUGAUCAUAGUGCCCCAGAAGCUGAAAUUUCUGGAAACAUGAUUCUGUCUGACGGUGUAGUACUUCUCGGAGAAGAGAAGGCGUCAGAGGAGUUUCAUUGCGAUCCUCGCUGAGUGAGAAGCGGUCAUCAGAACCCAAAUUCCAUGAGGAAAGAGGAUAACAUACAAGGCAGAAUUAUCUGCAAUGAAGCACAGAGGUAUGCUGAAAAAGCAGAAAGAUAUGCUGAUGAUAAGCCAGGUUCAUAACUGGGCUGCCAACUCAGGGGUACAUACACGCUCGCAACAAAGAGAGCGGUAUCUCUAGUUCCUGAACAGAAGGAUGAUGUCGACUGAUUUUAGUCGAUUUGGAGAUGAUCCAAAAUGAAGCAUAGAGGAGAGUGUGGCAUAAACUCUAUAACCGAGAGAAUCACGACGCGGUUCGUCGUCAAAGACGACAGAUUCCUUGAACCUGGCGAACACAGUAGCGGAAAGAGAAGCUACUUUGCCAGUUCCUAG